AUGGGCACCGUGGCCAACAUCCUGCAGGACGAAGGAUACAAUGUGGUUUGGAUGACGUCAGCGAGCACACUUUCAGACUCAUUUCCAGACUCUUCUUCUUCCUCUAAUAGAUUACACUCUGAGAGACACAAUCCCGAUCGUCCGAAAAAUCAAGCACAAAAUAUUUGUCGAUAUUGACCCGAGGUAAGUAUCUGAAAAUGGCCCCCGUCAUUUGAAACAUAGGGUUCUUCAAACGAUUAACAAUUUGGGUGGGAAAGAAAGUCGUCAGCAGACGUGGUCAAUGAGAUCCGGAAUCAACGGAUUCGAACCCAUAAGCCACCUCCUAUCCGAUUUGUACUCGUAUACUUGCGAUAGUGAGCAAAGAACAGCAUCACUAACAUACAAACCUACAACUGUUCAGAUCUAUUUCACAGCCCGCAACUUCUCGAGAGACUCAAAGAUGAGCAGUUCGAAAUCGGCCUCUCCGAACCAUUCUUUGUCUGUGGAUUCGCCAUUUUCGACCACAUCGGAAUGGAGAAAAUGAUGUCGAUCGACUCGCAUAUCGGAGUGGAAGGAGCGAAAAUGGCCCACGGAGACGCAAUGACGUCCAGUUUUCUGCCGGCCGCUUUCUCGGAAGGAUCCGAUCAGAUGACGUUUAUGGAGAGAGUCGGAAAUUUGUACGAGACUUGGUUGAACAGAAAGUUUGCGUUGUUGAUUUACGAUAAAGAGAUGCGAGGGAUGAAGGGGAUUUACGAGAAACGGAAGACAUGGCAGGAGAUAAUGCAGCUGAAUGCGUACAUGUUCACGAACAACAACCCUCUGCUCGACUUCCCGUAUCCCCGGACGUCCAAGUUCAUCGAAGUUGGAGGAAUCGCAGCGGACGAGAAGAAGAGCGACGAGGUUUUGCCGAAGGCAAGACUGUUUAGAUGACGUGUUCUCUAAAACUUAUUCCAGGUUUACGACGAUAUGCUGAAUCUUCGCAGUCGUAACGUACUGAUUUCAUUUGGCUCCAAUGCGAAAUCAAUCUUUCUGCCACAAGAAAUGAAGUCACAACUACCCCAUAAUUUCAUCAGAGUACCGUAUUUGUUGCAGGAAUUCUCUUAUCAGUGCUCUCGGGCAAAUGGCGGAUACGACCUUCAUUUGGAAGUACGAGGAUACGAGUGUGGACAUUGUGCGGCAGUUCAACUCGUCCAUCAAGAACGUCGUGAUCGUCGAAUGGAUGCCGCAACAGGCUCUUCUCGCAGACUCCAGGCUUGACUUGUUCGUGACGCACGGCGGAUUGGCGAGCACAAACGAGGUGGCAUUCAGUGGCAAACCGGCUGUUAUGAUCCCAGUGUUCGGAGAUCAAACGAGGAAUGCGAGGAUGUUGGAGAGGCACGGGACGGCGGUCCUUCUUCGGAAGGAAGAGCUCAUGUCCUCUGAUUCCAUCAGGAUGACAGUCGAAACUGUUUUAAGUGACGGAAACUACGCUCGACGAGCGAAAGACCUUGCGAAACUUCUCAAUAAUCAGCCGGAAUCGCCGCGAGAGGUCUUCGUCAAGUAUUUCAACUUUGUAGCCAGGUUCCUAUUUCAGACGGAAUUCACGUGAAACACUUUCAUUUCCAGAUUCGGCAAGCCCCGCGGAAUCGACUCGAAGGCUGCUAGUCUGAGCCCGAUCGCCUACUAUUACCUCGAUCUCGUGCUUCUUUCUCUCGUGCUCGCCGCCCUUCUGAUCUCUCUGAUUACCGGAACUUGUCUCUCUUUUGUCGUGACCCGAAAACAGAAACAUGACUGA